AUGGAGAAGAACAGAAAAAUAGCAUUCCUUGAUGUUGAAAUUGGAGUACGUACGGACGGCUCUAUGAGCCAUACUGUCUACAGGAAAACAACGCAUACCGACCGAUAUCUUCAUGCUAACUCACACCACCAUCCUCGACACUUAAACGCUGUAGUAACAUCUUUGACCAAUCGCGCAAACGACCUUUGUGAUGAAGACCACAUACAAUCUGAGCUAGCACACGUUGAAAAGGUCCUACAGCGGAAUGGAUAUAAAGUGGGAAACACAGCUACACGGGAUCAUAAGUUACUGCGACAGUACAGGGUUGAAAGACAACCAGCAUUUAUGCCAUAUGUUAAAGGAGUGACAGAUAAGAUAGCUAGAGUCCUGGGCAAAUAUGCGGUGAAGACUAUCUUCACUCCUUUCAAGAAGAUAGGGCAAAUGUUGCGUUCACCUAAAGAUAGCUUUCCCCUGGAAAAACCCGGAGUUUACAAAAUCGAUUGUAGUUGUGGUAAAUCCUAUGUUGGACAUACGAAGCGUACGAUAUCUUGUCGUAUCAACGAACAUAUCAAGGCGGUAAAAAACAAUGAUACCAAGAAAUCAGCCAUCGCGGAACAUAUUCUGGAAGCCGGGCCGAACCAUUGGAUCGAGUUUCAUAAUGCUCAGAUACUUGCGACAAAACGCCAUUACAUACCCCGACUGGUACGAGAAGCCAUUGAAAUUACUAAAUAUAUCAAUAGGGAAGAUGGGUUUCAACUGUCGAAAGUAUGGAAUCCAGUGACAAAGUUAUGUAAACCCUUGAAUUCAAGGGUUUACACGAUACGGUGA